AUGGAUACAAAUAGUUUAUUAUGCUCAAACUCUUUCAAGAAUGAAUCAGAUUAUUAUGAAGGUAUGAACAUGUCGUACUGUCAUGCAACAUUAAAUUCAAUUCAUCAGUGUUGGCCGCCUACAUUAGCUGGUCAGUUUGCGAAAUUACCUUGUCCAUCAAAUGUCACCGACUUUCAUUACGAUGAAAAUGAUGACUCUUUUCGUGAAUGUUUGACAAAUGGAAGUUGGGCUGAAUUCGCUGAUUAUUCAGCGUGUACCAUUAUUUAUCCGUUAAGUGAUGAAUUUUUCAUCUUUUUAUGCUUUCUAAUCGGUUACAUUAUAUCUAUGAUAAGUGUAAUCAGUGGAAUUUUCAUAUUUCAAUAUUUUCGGUCACUAAAAUGUGUACGUAAUAAUAUUCAUACUCAUUUGAUGAUUGCCAUACUAUUACGUGCUUCUUCAUGGAUUUGUCUAGCUUUAAUAAAUACAACUACCUUGUUACAUUCACAAGUUGUUAAUAAUAUAUUAACAUGUGUUUUGGCUUUUGGAAUGAUAGCAGUUUAUAGUUGGAUGCUUAUUGAAGGAAUACAUUUAAUGAAUAUUUUAUUCUUAACAUUUAUUGUUAGAAGAUUUCGUUUCACUUGUUAUAGUAUCAUUGGUUGGGGUAUUCCAGCUGUAUUGACGUGUUCAUGGGCAAUUGCCAAAUCAGUGAAAUUAGGACAUAUACAUCUUUGGGCUGAACCAACUACAUCUGACCCUGAAGGGAUACUUGUUGUCACAUCAAUUCUUAUUACACUUGCAGUAAAUUUUCUCAUUACGUCAAUCACAUUAUUCAUGCUGUUGACAAAACUUCAUAGACAACCAACUGGAAUAGUAGGUAGUCGAAAAACGAAAGAUAAUAGAACAAUUGAACUACAACGCCAAAGUUCACGUGGGACAUGUCAACUAGGGUUGUUGUCGAAUAAUGCAAUUACACUUAGUAAUAAAAUAACCACAAUAACGAUGACAGCUUUGGAAAUAGCAAAUAAAUCUGAGGCUGAAUUACGAUUAAACGAUAAGACUAGUAUACAACAAGAAAGGAUUAAAACAAUAAACAAUGAUAACAAUAAUUCUAUUAUUACCACUAAUACUGCUAAUACCAAAAGUAAUAAUGAUAACAAAAUUAAUAUCACUGCUGAAAUAAUUAAUCUAGAUGCUCAAACACCAAAUAUACCAAUAAAAACAAUCCCAGAAGCAACUACAAGGAUAAAGACGGUAGGAGAUAGUAUGCAGGUAACAACAGACAAGAAGAUGCAAACGAAAUUUCCAAAAUCGUCUUCGAAAACCUCAAGUGCUUCAUUAUAUUCAGCGGCUGCAAGUAUCACUUCUGCAAAUUCAAAUGUUUCAGGAACUCAACCAAUUAAAUCUGAUAAAACAAUUAUUAUGGAAGAUAAAAUUAUCAAUAACAAACAUACAAACAAUUAUGUUAAAAAAGUUUGUAAAAACUCUUCAAUUAACCGAUGGAAAACUAGCAGACAUUUUCAACGUAAAAGUAUCGAUAGUAAUUUCUUAUCUUCCCCUGCAAUACGUAUAAAAGAGAUUAGGAAAGCUAUUAAAGCUAUAAUAUUUCUGAUGCCGUUGUUGGGUUUUUCUCAAUUAAUAUUCCUAAUACCCUACAGUAAAGAAUUUGGUAGAGUAUUUGAUUAUAUCAAUGCAAUUAUGCUUUCUACUCAGGGUUUCUGGGUUGCACUAAUUUAUUGUUUUCUGAAUUCUGAAGUUCAACGUGUCCUUCGUACAAGAUGGCGUAUAUUAUGUUCAACUUUGAAGAUUCAACCAUCAGGACGUAUUCAACAAAAACAGUCAUUUAUAACAAAUCCGAUCUUAUUAUCAAAUAAUAAUUAUGAUACAGAACAUCAAUUUUAG